AUGUCACCUCACAGAAUUUUGAGGUUUCUUGUCUGCGCUACUAUUUUUCAAAUUUACGAGUCAACAAUAUCCACCUCAUAUAUCACGAAAUCUUCUUCUUUAUUAGAAUUACUUGUGGAGAUAAAAGAAGAGAAAAACUACUACACUCUGUUAAUAGGAAAUUGCAGCAAAUCAUCAAUUGAGCUCGAUUCUUUGCUACAAGGCCUGAACGUUUCCAUUUCACAUAUACAACCCGGCGAUGAAAUCUAUUUGGAUGCCGACUAUAAUACAAACUUUAUUGCAUUAGUAUGUUUACAAGAGCAAAAUUUUAAUGAAACUUUGGAUAUAUUGGCCAAGGAACUACAACAUUUGCGACAAACAAGAAUUGUUGCUUAUUUAGAAGAUAUUGACGAUGGUGCUGAUAGUGUAAGUAUCAUUAGUUCAAUAAUGGAACAGUGUGCUACAUUAAAAAUGCUAAAUGUCCUUCUAUUAACUUCUAAUUUUGAGCAAGUGAAAAUGUGUUACACCUAUGAACUAUUUCCUGACGUUACAAUCAAGUCGCAACGAUUUCAACUAUCACAAAGCACGAUAUAUUUUCCUAAUAAAGUUGCAAAUAUGAUGGGAACAAAAUUACGUACAAUACCAGAUAAAAAUGUACCACGCUCCAUCGUGUAUAAAGAAAGAGAUAGACGGAUUCGUUUAACCGGUUAUAUUGGAAAGCUUGUAGUGUUGUAUGCUAAUAAAAUUAAUGCUACUUUGGAGUUUACAAACUCAACAGAUAAUAAAACUAUUUUCUAUCGUGAUAUGAUGUAUGCAGUCAUUAACGAAAGUUAUGAUCUUGGAGCAAGUUUAUCCUCAGCUGAAACUCUGUAUGAGCAAUAUGUGCACACAUAUCCGGUAGAAAUCUUUGAUUGGUUUCCCAUGUUUCCGAUUAUCAAAGAUCUAGAAAAUAGCGCUAUGUUUAUACGGAUUUUUGAAGGUGAAUUUAUGUUAGUCAUUGUGACACUUAUAUUAAUAUUUUCGAUGUUAUUAAGUUCAAAUGAUAAAUUAGUUGACACUAACAGAAAAUUAAAUAUAUUGGAUUUGCUAUUGAAUGAGAAGAGUUUGUGUGGCAUUUUAGGUUCAGGAUUUAAUAUGAAAAAAUCUCCAUUGGUAAAUUUACGUUUAAUUUAUUUUUCAAUUUUUUUAACUGGUUUAUUGGUAAAUGCUAUGUAUGCCGUACAUCUUAAAACAUUCCUAACCAUGCCACUUGCAGCUAAACAAAUACAAAACUUUGAAGACGUUUAUAAUGGGCCUAUAAAGAUUAUGGUCUCACAUCAAGAAGUACGUGCCUUUGAUUAUCUACGUGAGGAAGGAUUUUGGCGUGAACAUGUAGCCGCUUUUGUGGUGGCACCGACAUUUGAUAAUUUUGUUGAGCAUCGUAAUAAUUUCAAUACUUCCUAUGGCUACUCAGUAACGACUUCCUUGUGGCCAGUGAUCGAGCAAAAACAGGCAUUAUUUAGUCAUAAGCUAUUUCGAACUGCCAAAAAUUUUUUCUUUGCAAGAUCUUUGCAUUUCAGUAUUCCAUUGCAGAGAAAUUCUAUAUAUAAGGAAACACUAGAUAUGUUUAUAUUAAAAAUUUUUAGUUCAGGAUUGAUGGAACAUUGGAUGUCGUCAAGUUUCACGGAAUUGGUAAGAAUUGGCAGAAUGACUUUGACGGACUUAAGCGAAUCACGACAAUUGCGAGCUUUAAGUAUUGAUGAUUUUAUUUGGAUUUGGUUUGCCUUUAUUAUAGCACUUUGUAUUAGUUUAUUUGUGUUCUUGAUAGAGAUUAUAUGGAAUGUUCAGGCUAAAAUAAACCUAUUAAAAAUAAAUUAG